AUGGAGCGGGAUUGUAUCGCCGGUCUGUACCAGUUUCUGGGUAUUUCUGUCGGAGCAGAGUUCUCCUCUGAAGAUGUGAGCCUCCUCUACCACAAAGUGUUUCAUGUUCCUGUCCACACUGAUGAAGCACAUGCAGCUAUGAAAAAGAAGGAGAGGCUGGUGGGGAAAAAAGAGCUAUAUGGGAGUGUGAUGGGUGUAAGGAGGCUCAAGAAGGCAGCCAGACAGUGCUGGGCCAGAUUGGUGUCAGAGGGGGUGCAAAGUAUAUUUCCCACUUCCUGUCAGAGCCAAAGCCUCGAGGUCAGGGAUCAGGCCUGGGGCUGUGUCACCCUGCCAGAUGUCCUCCUCUUGAUAGAAGUGAAAUACGAUGUGGUGACCCACUUACUUUAUACAGAAAUGCUCCAAGAGCACUACACUCUGAGUAUCUGGGAGACCCUGCUGCCAUGGCAACAACAUGAGGAAGAAGAAGGGCUGGAGGAUCUUGCAGAGGAGGCUUUGGAGUCAGGUGACAUGAUCCGUUUGGCUGAGCUGCCGGGAGCAUUCAGGAUAUACAGUGCCUUGCCUCGAGCAUCUUUAAGAAGCCAUCCUGAGUCCAGGGAACAGUCUUGGUCUGCUGUUUCGCUACUGUAUGAGAUUCACACAUUACGUCAACAAGAGAUGGACACACUAACAGUCCUGGGCAAGAGACUUGACGGGGAAAGUCUGACACUGAUGUGUCUACACGUCAGGUUGGCAACUCUCAGAGCUCAGAGAGAAAAAAUGUCCUAUAGCGCUCUUCUGGCAGCUUGGCAGUCCUGGGAGCCAUGGCCACAUGUUAAGAGUCCGUGCAGAGCAGAUCAGGUGGCCCUGUGGUUACAUGGUGAAGAGGAAGAGCAAAAGGAAGACUUUAUCACAGUGUCAGCACAGCAGGCAGUGCUGCAGUUGCUUGUGCUGACUCAGGAGCAGGAGAGGAAGCACCUUAUCAAGUUGGUACAUGGGGUCUCCCUGGAGGAUUUACAAGAUCCAGGUUGCCGAGUGGCUCCAAAAGAGGAUAGUCAUGAGGAAGUUGCUUUAAGAAAUGGCUGUAUAAAAAGACUGAAACAAAUCCAUGCUGGCCUACAAACAAGCAACGAGACUCAGACCCCCUCAAAGCAAACAAACCAUCAGCCAGAGCACCAAAUGGAGCCCCACAUAAGCAGUAACUCGGCAAUGUGGUCCCAACAAAAGCUGGAGGAUUGUUCCCUGCUCCUCUUGACCCAUCUGACAGAGCACCAAGAGGUCCAAGUUUCUGCAGUACUGCCAGCACUGAUGGACAAGAGCGCACAGCGGAUCCAAGCUCUGCGAGAUGAGUAUGAAUCCGAACUUCAAGCACAGCGCUACACCAACAUACUCCAACUCCUGAUCUCAGAUGCCCCGCUUACUCCAGGCUCUAUACUCACUCCUUAUCCGAACUUAACUGAAAAUAACAGCAAUGAGCAGAUCGCAGCCCAGUCCUGCGGCAGGGGUCCAGGCAAUGCUCAAAACAGCAGUGGUGGGCCAGGUGAUGCUCCAACGGUUGAUUCAAACAGUAGAGACAGCAGAGAACUGAAUGGAGUGCAAAUUGCAGAUGGAGCUGACAGACAGGAUGUCUGUACAGGUUGUGGAGCGGCUAUAGAGGACCCGCCCUACUUGGAGUUCUUGUGUGUGUCAGAUCCAGCAAGUAAUACUCAUCAGAGUCUCACUGCAGACGGAGAAGGAGCCCAGGAAGCAACAGAGGCUAAUGCAGUAAAGAGCCCCCAGAGCUAUGAGAAACAGGCCUCACUGAUCACUCUUGCUUGGAGCAAACUACCAGAGGAUGACAAUGACUCUGAGGAGGAGGCUGCCCAAGUCCAGCCAAUUGAUAUAAGCAGCACAGAUGAACACACACAUGGUGAGGAGACGUCUGAAGAGAGAGACAAGGAAGAUCUAAAAGCCACUCAUCACCACCCUGACAUACAGUCUGCAGGCCAGCAGUCCAGCACAGUAAGUAAGGUAGUGUAA